CACGAGAACAGUUAGCGCCAUCUCUUUCGUCUCAGGGUCUCUCUCUUACGCUAUUAACCUCUAGGUUUUCUUUUUCUGAAGCCAGUCGCCAUGGUCGUGGCUUUGGGUCCGGGGAAGUUCUACGGAAGCAGCCUGCCGAGGCCCCGAAUCUACACCGACGUGAAGCUGAGCGACGAUGGGAGUAGGGUGGACCCGCCGCUGCCUGUCCUAGAUCCGUUUCUCACCUGGGCCAACGAUGCUCAUUGGUCCAUGGGUGGUUUCAGCUUCAAGCGCCUCAGGCUUCAGGGCAGGAUCGAGGGCAGCAUCAAGAAGCUAAGAGCCCAGCAGGAGAGGACCUUUAAGAGGAAGAAGAAGCCGGGUAUGAACAAAAAACCCACUUCGACUUCUGUCUCUCCCUCAUCGUUUUCUCUUUCUCCUCGACUACAGGCUCUGCUUCUCAAUGAAGAUGAUGCGGAUGAAGAAUCAGAAAAGGAGGAAGAAGAGGUCGCGAGGACUCCUCUUCGCAAAAACUCAGCGAGGAAACUUAGAGAUGACUUCGACAAGUCUGCUUCUGCUGAUGCUGCUGUUGUUAGUACAGUAACUGCGAGGAAGGGGAAUUCUAAAGGGAAGUCUAAGGUGCCUGGCAACGACUCCCCUGUUUCUAUAGAAACUAGCAUGGCAAGUCCUCAACAGAAGAACCGGAACAGGAGCAGUGAACCGACAACCAAUUCAGUUCCCCGCUCCUCUCCUCUUCCUCGACGACGAAGAGCUUUGCUUCUCAAUGAGGAUGAUCCAGAAGUAGAAGAACCUGAGAGCAGUCCAGCAAGGCUUCAAAAGAACAGGAGAUCCAGUGCCAAUGAAAAGACUAGUAGUUCCUCUCCACUGAGUGCUAUCCCGGAUGGAGUAGCAUUUCGGACUCGUGGUCGGAGAUUGGAGGAAGGCAAUGCUACUGCAGGAUCGCAUAAGUCCAUCAAGCGCCGGCAGUGAUUGGAUCAUUUAAAUGAAAUGAUUGGUACUGCUUAUAGAAAGAAAACCAGUAUCCGCUUUGAUUUGAUCUUUGUUCUUGUAUAUGAUUGCAAUCUCUGUUAUUUCUAUACCCCUUUUAGUGAAGGGGUAUAAUAGGAGGAAUGGAAUGUCAAAAAUGUAAUCAUCUGUUCAUGCAAGCUUAGAGUUUUGUUUUUCCAAUGAAUCAAUUGGGUGGUUUUGUUACACAAAAUUCAAUGAAAAUAAGAAGGGAAAAAAAUAAACAUUUGGUAA